AUGCUGCGCCGACGUCUGCGCACAGGGAUGUCAAUGUGGGUUGUGCCUGUGACUGCGACAUUGCUGAGCGAUGCAAUAUCCUCAGGAAAGCCAGCUUCCUUUAAGCGGUGUUUGGCUGCAGCGGCGGGCGACAUCAACCUCCGAGCUAUUUCCAGCAGCUGUCACGAGGAUGUGAAACACUUCUACUGUCAACGUGUACGAGAUGUUGCAUCGAAGCGAUACACGGAGUUCUUGCAGACUGAGUGCCUGCAAGGCAGCGAGGAUUCGCAGCUGAUUUUUCGUUCUUAUAGCCCGGCGAGACUCGCAUAUGUCAUCCUGGCACAUCAGUUCCCUCAGAAUGUGAAGCGGCUUAUCUCCAGACUGUUGCAACCCCUCGAGACCGUCUUUGCCGUGCAUGUUGAUGAGAAGAAUCCGGGGAUGCUCGAGGAGCUUAUACAUUGGACACAAGUGGAGGCCUUGGGAUAUGCCGUUCAGGUUUACUCCAAGUACAACAUCGUUCGUGGUGGUGCGAACAUGCUCCAUGCGCAGAUGGAAGGCAUUCGCCAGCUUCUACGCCAUGCCAUGGAGUGGGAUUUUUGCAUUUUACUCAGCGAGCAGGAUUACCCAUUGAGAGGAAACGAAGUCCUGGCCACCUACCUUUGGGUGCAUCAUGGGACAAGCUUCGUGUCCGUGGACGAGGGUGAAUGCGAACGCGACGUCUCAUACCAAUGCGGAGACCGUGUGAUAUCCUUGUCGGCUGGUCUACAGUAUCCCAAAAUACCCGGCAUGAGAUAUGCGAGUGGUUCGCAAUGGUUCGCAGUGACGCGUGGGAUGGCCUCCAUGGUAGCGAUCAGUUUCUCCAAUGCAUCCACCCUAGUUGGGACCAUAUUCCGUGACCUCACAGCUGUGAAGCAGCCAGACGAGAGUUUCUUCCAGGCUGUUGUGCUGAACACGAAGUUCUGCCGCAGCUAUUCGGACUUCACCCUCCAUUGGACUGACAAAGACAGCAUGCGCGAAGUCCGAAGCUUGACCAGCGAAUAUAAUAUAUUGUCCCCGGGCGUUCUGGGGAAUUUGAAGGAUUUCGCAAAGAUCGAAGAAGUCCGGAAACAGUCUUUGUGGGCUUUCUUUGCGAGGAAGUUUGACGACCGUGCGGAGAGCUCUCAACUGAAGGAUCGGUUGGAUGCCGAGUCCAGCCGGCAGUCUCGGCCGAAGUGGACCACGGCAAGUGUCCCUGCCGUCGAAAGAGUGGUAGAAGUCCUGGCAAGUUCGCUGGCCGUCGUCAAAUCUGUCAAGCGCUUGCAAAGAAAUCAUGACGGCAUUUUCAAUCUACAGACGUUGCAGCUUCAGCUAGAGCCAAGACAAGAGAUUCAGGUCCGCGAGAAGCUGGCUGCACCUAAAUUGGCCCAUCCGCUACUGGCACUGAGGGUUGGAUGUGAUUGGAACAAAACUGAGCUGGUUUUCGAUGGGGAUGUGUCUGCCGUCUCAGCAUCCAGUACCGGUCCCCACAGAUGUCCGAGCUUGUGGGCCGUUGCACACUGGCGCAUGUCGAAGAAGCCGAUCUCACAGGAGCUGGUUCUCGUUUGGAUCGAUCCCCGAGGGACACCGAUGCAGCAUGCGCCGAUAACGAUUUCGGAGCAUUCUGUGCUUCUUUGGCAUCGGUACACAGCGACUCAGCCACUUCCGCAGGGGCAGUGGUCUCUGGAGGUCAGAAGCAACGACCGUGUUAUCGCACGGCGGCACUUCUUCGCCUAUGGCGAUCCUUCUGAUAUCCCAUGGCGCAAUGUAAGAGAAUACUUCGACAUUGCUUUGAGCCACGGUAGCUACCAAGCUUUCGAAAAGGUCCCAGCUAUGGGGUCUUCAACCGGACCUGAUUGGACAACGGCGUGUUCUAUAACGGAGGAUGAUGCCGCAAUGCUGAAGAUGCAGGAGUCCUCCUUCUUGGGCGUGGAGGGAGCUACAUCGCUGAAGGCUGAAAUUACUGGUAAAAUUCCAGAAUUGAACUCUGCCGCGCACUACCGGUCUGCACGCAAGCUAGUGCAGGACUUGGGGGGCGCACCCGCUUUGAAAGAGGAGCUGAUCUAUUCCGGGUACGUGGACGGUGAGACGUCCAAGCUGAUGCUGCUGGACCGGCCGAUGAACAUCUUCGCUUUGCUGUCAAGCGGAACAAUGAAGCAGCCAGAAUCUGAAGCCGAGCAAGACAUGCUGGGCACUUUCAAAGGGAAGUUCAUGAUAUGCCGGAACAAGCUGGAGAAUGAUAUCAAUUGGGACAACCCGGAUAUGAAGUGGGUCAAGACGUCAUCUAUGGCGCGUUUGCAUCGGUUCUUGACGACGCGAGAUCUACAUUACCAGUGGUUCAACCCCUUGAUUUUUGGAUUGGUUCCACCGGAUGACGACGGGGUCACCGCAAGGUCCGCACUGGCUGAGGUGGAGCAGAUGAAGUCUGCGGCUCUACUGUUUGCGAAGAAUGCAGGCUGGUCGGACAAGGUUGGCCUUUUUGUGAAUGUGUUCGGGCACAACAACGUGAAUUCGUUGUUCAUUCACGUACUAGACAUGUCCGAGCUUGGACCUGCAUUCAGCUACCAUUCCUUCAAAAACUGCCCACUGGAUGACGUGAUCAAAGUCCUCAGAGAAGAAGCAGCAAGCAAUUUUCUGCCUGCUCCUGUGAAAACCACAGACCUUCCUGGACUCAUGGAGAAAGCAGGGGCCCGUCGGCGCCGCAUGUCCAUGAUUGGCGAAACCCGUGCAGGAGGCGGAGGGGGCAACUUCUUUUUUGCUGGUACAGACGGUGCAACAUCUGUGAAAGCGGAGGUUGUUGGGCGUCUUCCUAUCAUUAAGGAUGCCGCGAGCUUCCGCGCCGCGCGGAGAAUGCUCAUGGAGGAGCUUGGAGGCAUGCCGACCCUCAAGGAAGAGCUGAUGAGGUCAGGAUUUAUUGAUCCAGUGACUGGCAACUUGACCACUGGUACUCGGCCGUUCAACGUUUUUGCCCGGAUUGCCGGCGGAGUGAUGACGCAGCCAGGUAUGGACAAGGAGCAAGAGUACCUAGGAGAAUUUCAGGACCAUUUCAUAGUUGCCUCGAACUUGCCAGCAAACGAUGAGCAUUGGGACUCCGAAGACAAGGAAUGGGUGGGGAAGGCUUCGAUGUCGAAGCGUCACCGCUUCCUGACCGUUCGAGAUCUUCACUGGCAGUGGUUCAACGUCUUGGGCUUUGGACUUUUGCCCGAGUCGAAAGGAGGUGCUGGACUCGGUCGGGCUAUCGCUCUAAUCGAGGUGAUGAAAGCAGCAGCCCUUCGGUAUGCGAAGAACUGCCCGGGAUGGAGUGAUCGGGUGGGCCUGUUCUACCACGUCUUCGGUCACAAUUCCGUGAACUCCUUGCACCUCCAUGUUUUGGACAUGGCAGAGCUUGGUCCGACUUUUUGGCAUUACGAAUACAAGAAUUGCCCCUUGGACGUAGUGCUCAAGGUCUUGAAGGAAGAGGCCACCUCAAACUCCAUGGGUUCCGAGAAUUAUGGCCUUAUGGCAGAAGUCACAGAGGCUGCCACGGCUGCCGCAAAGGCUGCUGCUGCAGCGGCAGAAGCUGCCCUUUCCGCGCAGCGCCCUAGUGUAAAGGGUCCGAAUGGUGUGGAGAUCCUUACAAUCAAUGUUGGAGGCGAGCUUCUGACAGUGAGCCGGCAGACAAUGCUGCAGGCCCCGGAAGGUAGUCGCCUUCGAAUGCUCUUCCAGGACGACAAGCUCCGCAUGUCGCAACUAGAUGCGAAUCAGCGGCCAUACCUUAACUACCCAGCACCUGCCUUCAAAUGCAUCGUCGAUCACCUCCGGUUGUUGGCGGAGCUUCCGCCAGCGAAUGUGCUGGAGCCUUUGGUUGCACCUCCUUGGCUUGACACACAAGUCCGUGAUCUAGCUUGGAUUCUCGGCGUUGAGAAUAUGAUAGUCGACCCGCAGUACGGCACGAACUUUGGCACAUCACGAUUAGCGAGGCGCAUCAGCAGGCCAUUCUGUUGCGUGAGGAGGCGGCCUCAAGGCUUUACGGGCCUUGCCAGCGACAGGGAUGAGCCCGGUGAAGCAGACUCUAAGGUGUGA